GUCUUAUUUGUAGUGGAUGAGGAUUUUUAGGGUGCGAUAUCUAAUCCACAUGUCAUUUGUCUUCGCCCAAACAUUAUAUACAAUAGAAGCGACAUGUGCAGCACGUAGGAAAAAGUUGAGCUGUCAGUUGCAAUAAUGUGGCUUGAUGUGUUCCCACGUUUUUUUGUCCUCAACGCAUCAUCAAAGUAUCACGCUCAAAGUACCAUGAUAUCACCACUGCUCCGGUUCUCUCGGAGCCAACUGGCGCCUCGUCGUGGCGCAAUUAACCUAACUCGGACCUCCACCAACCACUCCAAUUCGAAGGCUAAAUUAGUUAAAGCUAAUUAUUCCCGCCUCCCUAUAAAUUGCCCCAGGGUGCUUCUCCUCUCCGCCGAUCCUCCCACUAUCGUGGUCGUUAACAAAAGCUAAAGGCUUCUAGUCUUCGCCUCGCAUUCCCUCCUUCCCUCCGCCAGCGAUGAAGGUAAUCGAUAAGAUCGCCGGCGACCAUGACGGUCCCGUCGUCUUCUCCUUCGAGUUCUUCACACCGAAGCUCUCUGGCGAUGCGGAGGCCCGCGCACGCGCCUCCGACGCCUUCGUGGCCAAGGUUGCCAACAUGGCCGCCCACGGCGCGGCGUUCUGCGACAUCACGUGGCGCCCCCGCGACGCCGACUCCACACUCGCCCUUGCCGGCCGGAUGCAGCGCGAGGUCGGCGUCGAGACCAUUAUGCACCUCACGUGCCUCGGCAUGCCCCUCGACCGCAUCGACCACGCCAUCUCCGCCGUCCGUGCCGCCGGCGUCCAGAACGUCCUGGCCCUCCGCGGCGAUCCUCCCCUCGGCACCGCCGACGCCGCCCUCUCCGCCGAGGAGGCCGCCCCCGGCGGGCCCGCCUGCGCCCUCGAUCUGGUCGAGCACAUCCGAUCCAAACACGGGGACUACUUCGGCAUCGCCGUCGCCGGGUACCCAGAGGCGCACCCGGACAAGAUUCCGGAUGGGAGCGAGGUCGCGACAGUGGAGGGGUACGAGAGCGAUUUGGAGUACCUCAAGAAGAAGGUGGAAGCCGGGGCGGAUUUGAUCGUGACGCAGCUCUUCUUCGAUGUUGAUAUUUUUCUCAAAUUCGUGGGGGAUUGCCGGCGGGUCGGGAUCGAUUGCCCGAUUGUGCCUGGAAUCCUUCCGAUCGCGACGUACCGGAAUUUUCAGAGGAUGACGGAGACGUGCAAGACGAAGGUGCCACCGGAGGUGAGGGCGGCGGUGGAGGCGAGGAAGGGGGACGAGGCGGCGCUGGCGGCGUACGGGGUGGAACUGGCGACGGAUAUGUGCCGGAAAAUCUUGGAGAAAGGGAUAAGGGAGCUGCACUUCUAUACGAUGAACCGGGAGGAGCCGGCGCUGACGGUGCUGAGGAAUUUGGGGCUGGUGGCGGUGGGUGGCAAGGCGGUUCCGAAAUCGUUGGGAGAGAACCAGAACGGGGAAAAAGCGGAGUUGGAAAAAAAGCCGGCGAACGGGUCGCAGUAGAUGCGCAAUACAUAGGUUGGUCCCAAAUAUCUUGGAUUGCCAAUACAGAAGAUCUCAAACGCGUCGUUGACUAAUUAUUGUUAAGAGUUCACAUUAUAGUUUUUUUAUGAUAAGAUCGGCCGGUGGUAGGUUAGUUUCCAAUUGUUUGACCAGGUCAAAUACUAUAGAUUUGUCUGUUGGCAAUGGAAGAAAUAUAUUAAACAUGUGAUGAUUUCAAUCAAGUGGAUAAUUAAUAUUACGGAGAGGAACAAUGGCAUUGCAA